UUUUGAUGCUUGUCAGCAUCAAUUUUCAACAAAGCAAGUUAUCUUGGGUCUUGACAAGACCACUGAAUUUAUUAGGCUUUAUCUCAGAAACCUGGGUGUUGUCUUCAUGCUUUGGUUUUUUAUCUUCUAGCAUGUUUCCCUUCAGGGAAUUUCAGUAUUUAUAAUGCAUAUAAUUAUCUCCAAGAUGUACAAGUAUGCUGUCGUGCUUACUUGUUUCAUGCAUACAAAAGGAUUGGAGUCAACAAGAUUCAAAAAAAAAAAAAAAAGCUUGUGAUAAACUGUGUGUGGGCUAUGUAGCUUCACUUCCAUUCUGAUUUAGGAAGUUGGGGACUGAUAACUCAUGUGGUUAUCAGCUAAAGAUACCAGGAGCAGGCUGUGCUGUAGAUCGGUCAGAGGAUAAUGAGUGCAGUAUUUAUAGGUGAUGGUAACAGCUCAUUGUUAUGCAGAUGGUGUAGUUAAAAAGGAAAAAAAAAUAGAGCUUCUUGGCACUUGGGUUCUUUUAUAAGGAUUUAUUGGGUCCUAGAAUACCUGCAGUGUUAAGAAGCUGAGAAUUUGGAGUCAGGAGUACCUACCUUGCAGGUCACUAUGCUGUUUCACCUGAUGCAUGAGCUGCUCGUGUCGUGUUGCUGUGUGCAGCAGUGGAUUGGUCCUGCGGUGUCCGUUUUUCUCUUCAGUUAAGUUUGACCAGAAUAAUGAAAUUCUUCUGCAUUUAUUGGGAGAAUUCAGCAAGAAUUUAUGCAAUGUCAAUUGCCAGACACUUUCUGAGGUAUCCUGGUGUCAGUCCCAUGCCUCUUUUCCUACUCCGUGGGAUAAAGAUCCUCUUGUAGCAUGAACCAUGGUUAUCCAUUCUUGUAAAGAAGUAACACUAGGCACAAGUUAAAAAGGCUAUUCCCACUUCCUGUGGUGAAGAGUUUGUUUAGUCUCCUGACAAGGCUCUGUCUUUGAGCUCAGGCUUAGAGCUUCAGUUACAGUCUGCAGCAGAAGCAAUCAUCAGAAAAAGAGAUGCAGUCAAUGAGAACAUAUCUGAAUUUCAAACCCAAGAUGGCUCAGAAGAGGAGCUCGAGUGGGAGGUCAUUCCCAUUGCUGCUGCUUCUGAUUGUGGUGGCCUUUGUUCAUUUAACUGUCUGUCCUUUUACAAAAGUGGAGGAAAGCUUUAACCUGCAAGCUAUCCAUGAUGUGGUGUACCACCAGCUGGACUUGGAUAAGUAUGACCAUCAUGAAUUUCCUGGAGUUGUCCCAAGAACGUUCCUUGGACCAAUUUUUAUUGCUGCUCUUUCCAGCCCGGCUAUCUACAUACUUUCUGUGCUAAGAAUGUCCAAGUUUUAUUCUCAGCUGAUAGUCCGAGGAAGUUUGGGGCUCAGUGUGAUUUACACCUUAUGGAAACUGCAGAAAGAAGUUAGAAAACAGUUUGGAGCAACUACAGCAUCAAUCUUCUGUCUCAUCACGGUUACUCAGUUUCAUUUGAUGUUUUACUGUACAAGAACUCUCCCUAAUGUGUUUGCACUUCCAUUUGUGCUCCUGGCAUUGACAUUUUGGAUACAGCAAAAGCAAAGGCCAUUCAUUUGGUUCUCAGCUUUGGCGAUUAUAGUCUUCAGAUCAGAGCUCUGCAUAUUCUUAGGCCUCAUGCUCCUGAUGACAUUAUUAACUAAAAGAAUCUCCAUUUUCAAGGUGCUUUCCCAUGCUGUUCCUGCUGGAAUGUUUUGGUUGGGGCUAACAGUUGCUGUGGAUUCUCUAUUUUGGAGGCAGCUUGUGUGGCCUGAGGGGAAAGUGCUCUGGUAUAACACAGUUUUAAACAAAAGUUCCAACUGGGGAACCUCUCCCUUCUUGUGGUAUUUCUAUUCAGCCCUGCCUCGUGCUUUGGGAUGCAGCAUAAUAUUUGUACCUUUAGGGGUAACAGAAAAGAGAACUCGGAUUUUACUUUUGCCAGCACUGGGCUUUAUUUUCUUGUACUCGUUUCUCCCACACAAAGAGCUGCGUUUCAUCAUCUACACUUUCCCUGUUUUCAACAUAGUGGCUGCUAAAAUGUGCUCACGAAUUCUGAAUAACUACCGGAGAUCCUGGCUGUACAAACUUGGAUCAUUCUUUAUUGUAAUGCAUCUUCUACUCAAUGCUGUUUAUUCAGGAACAUCUUUGUACGUUUCACAUUUCAAUUAUCCUGGAGGAGUGGCAAUUCAGAAGUUGCAUGAGUUGGUACCUUCAACAGCAGAUGUUUCUGUUCACAUUGAUGUGGCUGCAGCGCAGACGGGAGUUUCUCGGUUUCUAGAAAUCAAUUCCGAUUGGAGGUAUGACAAAAGAGAAGAUGUUAAACCAGGAGACCAGUUGAUGUUUUCUUACACACAUAUACUGAUGGAAACAAAUCCUCUUCAAAUAUCACAUUACAAGACAACCCACAGGCCACUGGCAAAUAUACCUGGCAUCAGUAAAAUUGGGUUGAACCUUACUGCACUACCUCCUUUUACUUUAAACUUGAAACCGAAAUUAGUACUGUUGGAAAAACUUCCUCUAUCAUCUUGACUGUGAAUUUUAAGUGUCUUUUGAUGUGCUUUUGCUGAUGAUUGAACUAUAUAAGACAGCAGCAAAUUGUCAUUCCAGCACUGCAACUCAGCUUCUGUGGAGAGGCACAGAAAAUCUCUGUACCACUUGGUAUUUAGCUCCGUCCUGUUUCUUACUAAUAAUACAGUGCAUUCCCAGUCAGUAUAUGCUCAGUAUACUGAGUUGUAUCGUUAGGUAUGUUUGAUAGAGGUUGCCUACAAUUUUAGUGGUAUUAAGUAAAACCUGUCUACUUGGUUUGGUAGUCUGUUUCAUCAUGUAGCACAGGUAUGUCCUAAUUGUCCUGUAUAAGAUGCAAAACCAACAGGUUUGUGCUAGGGCAAUAAUUUUAUAUGUAAUCUGUGUGUGCAAAGAUGUAUUACUUUAUGUAUCUGCAGGAUUGUAACCCCCUCAGCUGUCAGAUUGCCAGUGUGAAACCCAACCAUGUUAUAAACAUAGGAAAGCCAUAUUCAUCGUUGCUUCAUCCUAAUACCCAGUUGUGCCCUGUAGGCUACCAAACUAAUGAAACAUUCACUUAAAAAGCAGUUGGACCUCUUGACAAGCACUGUUUCAUAACAGAUUUGAGUACUAAGGAUGAUUAUCUUCAUUCCAACAGUUAAUGUAAAAGCAGUAACUUGGAUUUCCUGGAAAAAAAGAAUCUUUAAAAUAAUUUUUCCCCUCUUCUGCUGUAAUGGUAUCUUAAUUUGCAGUGUAAAAAUUACCUAUGAAAAUGCCCACUUUAAGAUACGUGCUGUUUUCCUUUUUUUUUAUUAAGUAAUCCCUUUGGAAAGGAGUACUCUGAUGUGCCAUGUGCUGCAUUAUAUAAACUAGGUUAAGAUUGCAUGCUCUGUAGUUUCUUUUUUAGAUGUUUUUGUUAAGGAUGUCUGCAUAGAUUGCUGAAUGGAACAAGGAAAAAAGGUUAGAAUUCUGGUUAGGGCCAGUUGUAAUAUGACAGAAGUUCCAUUAGUGUAAAAUGUCAGAAUCAUUGAAAGUAUCAUGGGCAGAAAACUAUUCCUUGCUGACUGAAUACUUGAGUAAAAUAUAAUUAUGGAAUAAAGUGGUUUGGUUUUU